UAUUUAUUAUUGAGAGUUGCAUAAGGAAAGACAUGCUAGUCUUAAGUUCUCGAAGUUGUGUUUAUAUACAAACAUGAAAGUUCUCAUUAUUACUCUGAUUUUGUUUUCAAAAGGAGAUUUUGCAAAAUCACGAUGUUCUGGGAAGGAUGGUCUGGUCUGUUGUUCGGGUACGGUAUGGGACAACUCAAAACAAGAGUGUGUCGAAUGCAACCCAGGAUAUUACGGCUUAAAUUGCACGAGCGUAUGUCAGUACCCUACAUAUGGCAAAACCUGUAAGUUUCUGUGUUCCUGCAAGAAAGAGUUAUGUGAUAUUGCCAUAGGAUGCCAAAUAAGAAAAGAAGAGAAUGCAGACAGACAAGAUUCAAAAUUGGAGGGAGAAAUAGUCGUGUCAAGAGAAUCAAGAAAAGAAACAUCCAAUCAUGAACUUGAAGUAUCUUCUCUUCCCGUAAAUGGUGGAAAGACUUUCGAGUCACUAUCAAUUGACGACAUUAAACGUAUAAUAAAAGAAAGUGAUACACUGACAUGGAGAUUAGUAUUUAUAAUUUUCGCCAGCAGUAGCACUUGUGUCACGUUUACCAUCACAUGCUUCGUUUACAAGAGUUGUAAACCAAUGGAAAGAUCCAAACGGGAACAAAGUAAAACGUCAUCGGUUGGCUCGGGUGAAUAUACAGAGUGCGAAUUGAUGGAGUUGAACAUCAAAACGGAGAAUAUUAUUUUUGAAGGAUUGGUUAAUGCAAAGAUAGGACACAAUGCCACUAAAAACGUUUAUGCAAUUCAACUACAUGGGGCUUGUCCAAAUUCUGAAGUCGAUCCGAGUGCACAAAAAAAUGAAAUCAAAUUUGGAAGUUCUCCACAGUGUUGCAAGUGUCAUUCCCUUUCUCAUGAACAUGGAUAUGUUGAACCAAAGAUACAUGAUGAAACCAGUAAUUUUCUAAGAAAAUAUUCUGACCCUGAAAACAGUGUUACAGAUGUUCCGUUGUUGGCCGAUGAGGAUAGAAAUCAUUAUCUCAUUGUUACAAAGUAACGAAUUCAAUUGCUUACUAUUUCUUUAUUAAAUACAUUAUUGUACAGGCAAAUCAUUAAAAUUAAGAUAUUAUAUCAUCAAUAUUCACUUUAACUGUGGUAAUUAUAUGUCUUACAAUAUCAAAAUUCUUACUAAACAAAAUGCAUGCCAUUCUAAAUAGUUUUUGUAUAUUUUUGGUGUGCCCUCGGGAAAAGUUGCCUGUCGCAGGUUUGAUAAAAGAGUUAUUCCACUCAGAACUACAUGUAGUUGAUAAGACGUACACUGUAUCUGCAUCGUUAUAUUGCGAAAAAUCGUUUGAUUUACGUGUGUGAUCAUGCAGGGAUCAUGUAUGAUUUGCUAUUUAGUGUAUGUGAUCAUCCAUAGAGCACCGUAACUUUCUAUACCACCCCCAUUUGAAUAGCGGGAGGGUAUAUGGUAUUCAGGAGGUGUGUCUGUCCGUUUGUUACGCCUUGGGGUUCGUUGUCUAGUUUGUUGGGAAUGCUAGGGACAUAAACGAUAGUUCAAAACGUGGGAGAAUUUAUGCAUAUAUAAAUUUUAUUUUAAUUUCAAAAGCGCCGAAAAUGGGGAGGAGGGGAGCUAGGGGGAUUAAGCCCCUCCCUCCCACUCUCCACUUUUUUGCAAAGGUGGACAUGAUAUAAAAAUUAAAGAUUUGGACGUAGGUUUAGCCUCCCACUUUCCACAGGCACGUUGCAGUAUAGUCAAAUUAGGGUAAUUGGUAAUGUUUGGUACUGAAAAAAUGUAGCAUUCUACCCCCCCCCCCCCCCUCCCGCCCCCUCCAUCUCCAAACAAAAAAGCACUACCACCACAAAAUAGGAUUUUUGGAUUUGGAGAAUGGACAAUUUUUCCUUUUUUU